AUGAAGACUCAAAGUUUGAUUGCUGCAACUAUUUGCUUAGCUCCAUCAGUGUGUGCUGGUAACGUAGACUCAAAUGUUAAUAUCGAAGCUCGUGAACAUUUCAGAAAUGUAUCUAAAUGGAAAUUUUGGAAUGGGAAUAAUACUUUUGUGCCUACAACACUUCUCACAAGAAGAAUCAGUCUUCCAACUGGUGUAACCAAAUUUCCUAAUUUUCCAAGGAAAACUGUUACAGAGACACUUACUGUCACUGCUAAUGAAACUGAAGUUAGUAUUUUAUCUGAGACUAAUUUAGAGUUUUCUAUUUUGCCAGUAUAUGAAGCUGCUGAAACUGGUUCUGUAAUUAACUUAAUUUAA